CCCGAAACUCCCGCGUUUUCUUCUGUCUAUGUCAGGUCAAAUUAAAGUUCAUCGUGUUUUUGGAAUGAGAUUUAUUUAUUUUUAUUACUGUAAGGUAUAUUUUAUUAAUUCGGAAAUUGUUUAAUGUUAUGUGUUGUUAGUGCAUAGUGGAAUAACCAUGAAGACUAAUAAGGCUUCAGAAGAAACCGAAGUUACGCCUUCGAAAAAAAAGUUGAAGCAAGCUCGUCUUCCUUUCAAAACAAUUAGCGAGGGCUCACCGACAUCAGCGCCUCUUCAAACAAGAAAGAGGAAAUUGUCGGCCUCUGAACCUGAAACUACGCCUAAGUUAGGCAAGAUAUGUAAAGAGAACGAUCCUGUGGAAGAUUUGGUGGUAAUUAGUGAUGAUGACAGUAAAGAUGGACAGAAGUCUCAAAAACAAGAUAUAUCUAUGAAUCCCUAUGUGAAAUUGGUGGAUACAGCAUGGAAGAAAAAAAUACAAAAAGGCAAGACUACUAAGAGAAAGAGGAGUAUCAGAAACAAGUCAUUAACAAAUGGCUCUGUUGAAACUGAGUCUGGCAAUGACACUUCAGAAGAAAAAGGUCUAGAUGAUAGUGAAACGAUGGAUGUUGAUGAACCAAAUCAAGAAAUAGUUGAUAUAAAAAACACUAAUAAUGAUAAACGGACUGACUCAAAAGCAAUUACUUCUGAUAAUAAAGCAAAUUCGACAAAUAUGGGUGUAAUUAUUGAUGAGGAAAAUAUGUCUUCUCAAUCAGUUAUUGCCGCCCAGAACGAAAUAAAUGAUGAAGGAAAACUGAAUGGAGAUAUGAAUAUGAAGGAAUCUCAUGGAAGUGAAGAAAAAGGAAAUACAAAACAUCCAACAAAUGCUAAAAAAGAUAAACAGAGUCCACAUAAAUUAACAAAUGAAGAACUAGUUGAUAAAGAAGUGAACUUAACAGAAUCAGAUGGUUCAAACAAAUCAUCAAGUGAAUCCGAGAUGGAUACAAAUUUAAGUGAAGAGAAAAACUGUGGAAGUCCAAAAGAUUCAAAUUCAAAAACAGAUAAAAAUUCACCAAAAGAAAAAGUGACUGUCACUCCAAAAAGAAGUGCAAGGAACAGAGCAAAAAAGGAACUAGAUAAUUCUAUAGCGUCUCCUACAAAUACAAAGCUAAAUGAAUCUGUAUCUUCAAAUCCUACCACUCCUAAGCAGAGUAGAAGUUCUUCCGUUACAAGCGCUCCAGGAAAUGAAUCUCUAAAUGAUUCAUCUACUGUAUCCAAAAAUUUAACACCUAAACAAUUGCAGAAAAAAUUAGAAUCGGCUAAGAAGCGCGAGGAAAGAGAAAAAGAAAAACAAGAGAGAGAGAAAAAGAGGCAGCAAGAAAAGGAAGAGAGGGCCAAGCAGAAGCAAGAAAAAGAGGAACAGAAAAGAAAGGAGAGAGAAGAGAAAGAAGAACAAAAGAGAAAGGAGAAGGAAGAAAAGGAAAAGCAGAAAGAAAUGGAGAAAAAAAUAAGAGAAGAAAAGGAAGAGCAGAAAAGAAAGGAAAAAGAAGAGAAAGAGGAACAGAGGCGUAAAGAAAAAGAAGCAAGGGAUGAAGAAAAGCGCAAAAAGCAAGAGGCUAUUGAACUGGAGAAACAAGAACAAGAGCUCAAAAAGAAGAAAGCGGCAGAAGCAUUUGUUAAUUUCUUUGUUCCGAAACAAAAAUCAGACAAAGACCAAACAACUGUUGGUCCUGUAAGUAAGAACAGUAUGCUAUCAAGCUUUACUAUUAAAACUGAUAUGAGGCUGGCACCUACAAAAAGAGUUGAUUUAGAUGAGGAACAGAGAAAUAAAUUAGAUACUUAUUUACAAGACCAUAAAGGAUCAAACAUUAAUUUGUAUUUGAAAUGUUUGAAGAAUGGAACCAGCAAGCCAUUGUCAAGUGGAAAAACAUGGCCUAUAAGUGAUAAAGAUGAGGAUGAUGUUAUGAUUGUUGAGGACGAGCUACCGCCCAUGGAUGCGGCUGGGGAGAUUCUUACUUGCGAACCAGCUCCAAGAGAGAAACUUCGUCCAAAACUUCUUAGUUUUCAUGAAAAUCGACGGCCACCGUAUUGGGGUACUUGGCGAAAAAAGAGUGCUUCUAUAAAACCAAGAAAACCAUUUGGCCAAGAUCAGAAACAACUGGAUUAUGAAGUGGACAGCGAUGAAGAAUGGGAGGAAGAGCAGGAAGGUGAAAGUAUUGAUGGCAGCGCUGCUGGCAGUGAUGAUGAACAAGAGGCUGAUGAGUAUGAAGUGGAUAAUGAGGUGUUUGUGCCUCACGGAUAUCUUAGUGAUGAGGAGGCAACAAUGGAUGAUGAUGAUGUCCUAUCGCUCUCCCCAGAAACACAAAAAGCUAGACUUAAACAUUUAGAAGAUGAGUUCGAAUCAGAAAUGAAAAAACCUACCGAGAAACUGAAACCUCGCAUGUAUGGCCUCCUUUGGGAAACAAAUGAAGGCGGCAAGCCUGAAAAAUGUGUUGACUCAUUAUGGAACUACUUUGGAAAGCUUUCAAUGAUUAUGAAUGAUCCUUCACCUUUAUUGCAACCAUCUAAUGAGCCAGAAGAAACAGAGAAAAAGAAGGUCAAAAAGAAGAAGGUGGUACCUUCAGAAAAAAGCGAUCAAAAAAGCCCCAAACUCGAAAAAAAGAAGAAAGUAAAAGCUGACAAAGAAGCUAAACCCGCUAAUAAAACAGAUGCGAAGAAGAAUGUGUCAGAUAAGAAAAAUCAGCCUGGUAUUAAUGUGUUCUUAGCAAAGUUAAAAUCUACAUAAUUUAAUGUUGAAUGUUGUAUUUUAUUCUAUAAAUUGAAAUACUUUAUAGACUGGAUUCUAGACUUAUCGCAAUCACUGGUGGAUUUUCUAGCCUAUUAAGUAAAGAAAAUAAUUUAUAAUAGAAUAUUAACAUAGCAUUACUCAGUGCUACACAUACAUAAUUUCA